UGCCCGCUGUGAUGCGGGGUGGGAUGGGGUAGGGCUCACCCCCAAACUGCCGGCUCAGGGCAUCUCCUGCCCAGUGCGGCCAGCGGAUCCUGCUUCAGGAAGGACUCAGCUUCCGGACGUGUCCUGCUAUUUUCUCCCGCGUCUCUGGACCCUGCCUUCCGACAGCCCCCGAAAGUGGCAGGCACACUGCCCUAGACGCUGGCGGCGGACAUUGACCUGGCCUCCUGCCGCCAGCCCUCCUCCCGCAGCCGCCACCACUACCAUCACCACCGCCACCGCCACCAUGCCCAACUCCGUGCUGUGGGCGGUGGACCUCUUCGGGAAGGUGUACACGUUGUCCACGGCGGGGCAGUACUGGGAGCUGUGCAAGGACAACCGGCUGGAGUUCAAAAGGGUCAGUGCAGCCAUGCAGUGCUGCUGGGGCAUCGCCUGUGACAACCAGGUCUACGUUUACGUGUGUGCCAGCGACGUCCCCAUCCGCCGCCGGGAGGAGGCCUACGAGAACCAGCGCUGGAACCCUGUGGGUGGCUUCUGUGAGAAGCUCCUGCCAAGUGACCGCUGGCAGUGGAGCGAUGUGAGUGGGCUCCAGCAACGGCCGCUGGAUGGUGUGGCACUGCCCUCACCGCACUGGGAGUGGGAGUCGGACUGGUAUGUGGAUGAGAACUUUGGAGGGGAACCCACCGAGAAAGGGGGGUGGACAUAUGCUAUCGACUUCCCUGCCACCUACACCAGAGACAAGAAGUGGAAUUCUUGCGUGCGGCGUCGGAGGUGGAUCCGGUACAGGAGAUACAAGUCUCGGGACACCUGGGCCAAGAUCCCUUCGAAGGAUGACCCCAAGCAACUGCCCGACCCCUUCAAUGACCUCUCUGUGGGGGGGUGGGAAAUCACAGACGAGCCCGUGGGCCGCCUGUCCGUAUGGGCUGUGUCUCUGCAGGGCAAGGUGUGGUACAGAGAGGACGUCAGCCACCCCAACCCCGAAGGCUCAUCGUGGUCCCUCAUGGACACCCCAGGGGAGGCGGUGCAGAUCAGCUGUGGGCCCCACGACCUCCUGUGGGUCACGCUCUGGGAGGGGCAGGCCUUGGUCCGGGAAGGAAUCAACAGGAACAAUCCCAAAGGAAGUUCCUGGUCCAUAGUGGAGCCUCCCACCUCUGAAAAUGGGAUCAUGCAUGUCUCCGUGGGAGUUGGCGUGGUCUGGGCCAUCACCAAGGAUCGGAAAGUGUGGUUCCGAAGAGGCGUCAACUCGCACAAUCCCUGUGGCACCAGCUGGAUUGAGAUGGUCGGAGAUAUGAUGAUGGUGAACGUGGGGCUCAAUGACCAGGUUUGGGGCAUUGGCUGUGAGGACCGGGCCAUGUACUUCCGUCAGGGUGUCACCCAGAGUGAACUCAGUGGGAAAACCUGGAAGGCCAUCGUCGCCAGCCGAGAGAGUGACCGAUCGCACUCUGGUAGUUCAUCAAGUCUCCUCAGUGCUGGCUGCUUCUUUGGCGACGAGGUGAGGGGCAGUGGUGAGUCCUGUGCACCGAGUGACACGGAUGCCUCUUUAGAAGCCGAGAGACUGGGGCCUGACCAGCCUGUCCCUGCAGAGUCUGUGGACGGUCCCAGGAACCCCAGGGACAGCUUGGCCACAGGCCCGGGCAUCGGCAGGACCACAGAGCAUGCCGUGGAGGUCACCAGCCUGGCCACUCCGGCUCCUGGGCCUGGCCUGGCCUCCACCCCGGCUGAACUGCCCUGGACCAAUAUUGACCUGAAGGAGCCCAAGAGAGCACCCAGCCACUCAGCUGCUGGCUUUCCAGAGACCGCCGGCCUUUCCUCGCUGGGGCUCCUCCCACUGGGCUUGGAGGAGCCCUACGGGGCUGAUGACCACUCACUAUGGGCCUGGGUGUCAGGAGGAGGCUGCGCUGUGGAGGCCCACUCUGUGCUCAAGUGGUUCACCAUCCAGUCGGGCCUGUCCCCCUCGGUACAGACGCUGUCCCUGUCCAUCACGCCGGCCCAGACAGCCGCCUGGCGGAAGCAGAUCUUCCAACAGCUCACUGAGAGGACCAAGCGGGAGCUGGAGAACUUCCGGCACUACGAGCAGGCCGUAGAGCAGUCGGUGUGGGUGAAGACGGGGGCCCUGCAGUGGUGGUGUGACUGGAAACCCCACAAGUGGGUGGACGUCCGUGUGGCCCUGGAGCAGUUCACGGGGCUCGAUGGGGCUCGGGACAGCAUCCUCUUCAUCUACUACGUGGUCCACGAGGAGAAGAAGUACCUCCACGUCUUCCUCAACGAGGUGACACUCCUAGUCCCUGUGCUCAACGAGACCAAGCACUCCUUUGCCCUUUAUACCCCCGAGAGGACACGGCAGAGGUGGCCCGUGCAUCUGGCUGCUGCCACUGAGCAGGACAUGAAUGAUUGGCUGGCCCUGCUCAACCUGUCCUGCUGCGAGAGCCGGAGGGUCCACGGCCGCCCCUCCCCGCAGGCCAUCUGGUCUGUCACCUGCAAGGGGGACAUCUUUGUGAGCGAGCCCAGCCCAGACCUGGAGGCCUCCGAGCACAUGCUGCCCUGUGACCAGAUGUUCUGGCGGCAGAUGGGAGGCCACCUGCGAGUGGUGGAGGCCAGCGGCCGGGGAGUGGUGUGGGGCAUCGGCUACGACCACACAGCCUGGGUCUAUACGGGUGGCUACGGCGGAGGCUGCUUCCAAGGCCUGGCCAGCAGCACCAGUAACAUCUACACGCAGUCAGACGUGAAGUGUGUCUACAUCUACGAGAACCAGCGCUGGAACCCCGUCACGGGCUACUCCAGCAGGGGUCUGCCCACCGACCGGUACAUGUGGAGCGACGCCUCAGGGCUGCAGGAGUGCACCAAGGCCGGCACGAAGCCCCCGUCCCUGCAGUGGACCUGGGUUUCUGACUGGUCUGUGGAUUUCAGCGUUCCCGGGGGCACCGACCAGGAGGGCUGGCAGUACGCCAGCGACUUCCCUGCCUCAUACCACGGAUACAAAACCAUGAAGGAUUUUGUUAGGAGAAGGUGCUGGGCCAGAAAAUGUAAGCUGGUGACCACUGGGCCCUGGCUGGAGGUGGCCCCUAUUACCCUUGGGGACGUGUCCAUCAUCCCAGAGAGCCCAGAUGCCAACAGAAGUGGGCAUAGCAUUGCCCUCUGGGCCGUCAGUGACAAGGGAGAUGUGCUUUGCCGCCUGGGCGUGUCGGAGCUCAACCCCGCGGGCUCCUCCUGGCUGCACGUGGGCACUGACCAGCCCUUCACUUCCAUCUCCAUUGGAGCCUGUCACCAGGUGUGGGCCGUGGCCAGGGAUGGCUCCGCCUUCUACCGGGGCUCUGUGUCCCCCACCCAGCCAGCUGGUGACUGCUGGUACCACAUCCCGUCUCCUCCCAAGCAGAGGCUGAAGCAGGUAUCUGUGGGGCAGACGUCAGUGUACGCCUUGGACGAAAACGGGAACCUGUGGUAUCGCCAGGGGGUGACGCCCAGCUACCCACAAGGCUCCAGCUGGGAGCACGUGUCCAACAACGUGUGCCGAGUGUCCGUGGGGCCCCUGGACCAGGUUUGGGUAAUCGCCAACAAGGUCCAGGGGAGCCAUGGCCUGAGCCGGGGAACCGUGUGCCAUCGCACAGGCGUGCAGCCUCGAGAGCCCAAGGGCCAGGGCUGGGACUAUGGCAUCGGGGGGGGCUGGGAUCACAUCACUGUCCGGGCCAAUGCCACCAGAGCCUUCAGGAGCAGGUCCCAGGAGACAGCCACUGACUGGAGUGGGGAGCCGGGCCUCCCCAGCACGCCGUCGAGGGUGGCUGGAGCCUCGCAGGAGGCCCGUGGCCCUGUCUGCUGCUGAGGCCGCAGCCUCCCCUCACCUGAAGCAAGUGUGUCCUGCAGGUGUGAAGGAUCAAAGUUGAUAUGUGCGCCUUCCGGUCUGAGCCAUUCUUACAUGUGGAUCGUGGAGGGAACCUGGCCUGAGGUCACAGCCACUUCAGAGGCACUGGCUGAACCAGCCCAGAAAUGUGAAGUUUCGUGGAUGCUCCCGCACACGUACCCCUGUCUGCAGCCGUGGAGUGGGGUGGGGGCUCCUUCACCCCAGCCUUUCCCACCUGCCCCUCCCCACUGUGCCUCCUGCCGUUCUGGAACAGGAGUCUGGAGCUUUCCAGGAAUGCUGCCUUGGGAAGCCAAACCCAGGAAGCCCCCAGUGUCCCCAGACAGAUGGGGUACAGCACCCCUCCCCCACCAAGACAAUGGCUGUGGGGCUCAGGGCCACUUUGCCCUGUUCUCUGAUCAUUUUUUAGAGCCAGACUCGAGAACACAGUUUAAUUUCAAAACUUAAGUGAGAAUUGACAGCUUGGAAGCCAAGGUUGGAGAGGGGUUUCUUUUGGAUGGGCACAAGCCCCCCUGUGGGAUUGGAGGCUGCUCCCUUUGUGUCUAAUGAUACAGUAGGGGCUGCAGGGACACGGGGUGUGCAGGCCGCAGCCCCAGGCCCCACACACUGGGGCAAGACUCCCCCCUCCCCGCCCCCAGGCCAGUAGGGAAGCACCUCCCAUCGGGCAGCUUCUUUGCUGCUCUUUUUUUAAGAUUUUAUUUUUAAGUAAUCUCUACACCCAACAUGGGGCUCAAACGCACCACCCCGAGAUCAAGAGUCGCAUGCUGUACUGACUGAGCCAGCCAGGCGCCCCUUUUCUGCUGCUUUUUAUUCCAUUAUGGCUCCAUUUGGUGAAGCCUCAGAUUUGCUUCCUGCAACCAGACACUUUGCCUGAGAGCCCAAGUUGGCCUCUGCUCAUUUUGGGACAAAACGAACUGGCUCCAGCCUUCCCUGGAAUUCUCAUCAGGAGGGGUCAGCCAUGCAUUUGACUCCGUUUUGCGGUGUGGCAUUCAACUCGAAGGUCUCCUCUGGGGUCCCCUCCUGCAGGGCACUGGAAGGGGCUGAUGGUCUCUGCAUUUGCUGUGAAUUGUGGAGGUGGGACCGGGAGGCGUGAGUGGGGCUUUGGGGGCACCGUCCCGUGUGUCUGCACCAUGGGUUCCUUCUACAACAGCAACCUGCCGCUCUGCUGUGACUCGCUGUCUGUCUGUAGCUGGUUCCACGUUGCUCUUGCUCCAGGGCGACUGUGUCCUCACUGCUGAGCGCCCACUGUCUACCUGGUCAGCACCACCAAACCAUCUCGAUUCCUUGGAUGCUUUACUCAAUAAAAACUCACACCAGAAUGUGAA